GGUGUGGUGUGUGUGGUGGGCUGGUGGCUGAGCUCCUCCAGUGUUUGGUGAGCUGGCGUGACGGGAGGACCCGCCACUUUGCCUCCGUGUGCCGCAGUGCUCGUGUUCCUCCCCUAUGUCUCACACACACAACAACGCACGCCCAACUCUCCCUCAGAACAAUGUAAACACGGUGGUGGUAAAUUCCUAUAUCUAGAAACACUUGUUACUAAGGUGUAAUGUGAAUAGUAUUAUUUUGAUAGCUUAAAGGAUUAAUGCUGCCUCAAAUUUUAAAAAUAAAGGGCUGAAAAUAACCCGAAUUGUGGUUUGUGCUUUCUCUAUGUGCUUGUGGUGGUCAGUAAGGUCGCCGGCGUGAGACAUACACUACUGAGACAACACGUGACCACCACCAGGAGACCCCCACUGACACCUGCUGGCCUGAGGGACCCUACCAGAAGUUGGGAGCAGUAACAGUACAGUAGCAGGUGGCUAUGGGCAGUGUGGGCCAGCCACCAGCGGUGGUAGCAGGAGCCGCGGCAGGAGAUAAGGAGGAAGUUACUGUGUACGUGAAGGCCGGAGUGGAUGGCGAGAGGAUGGGGGCGUGUCCUUUCUGCCAGAGAGUUUUCAUGGUCCUCCUUAUCAAGUCACAAUAUAACAUCCUCAGAUUCAAGGUAAUUACAGUAAAUCCAGCCAAGCCUCCACCAGAAUUUAAAGCCCUGGGCCUCAAGCAUGUUCCAGCUCUUAUUCACGGUGAUGAUGGUUAUGACGCAUUGGACGAUAUCAUUCAGUACCUCGACACCAAGUUUCCCGGAGGUGGUCUGGAGUACAACAACCCAGACGCCGACCUCGCCACCAAGGACUUCUUCUCAAAGUUCUGUUUCUACAUUAAGGCGGUCAACCAAGAUCCUUCAAAACUCGACCAAGCACUACAAAAACUCAAUCAUUUCUUGGAAAAAUGUACUUCCAUCACAAAUGGCCUUACCAAUGGUGACACCAAUCAUGAGAAUGGAGAUGAAGAUGACCACCUUCAUGAGGACUCCAUACAGUACAUGUGCAGCGACCAUCUAACACACCUGGACUGUGAGGUCCUCCCAAAACUGCAGCAUCUUCGAGUAGCUUCUAAAGCUCUUAAAGAUUAUGAUAUUCCCACCUACCUACGAGGCUUCUGGAGGUACCUUCAUGCUGCAUACACACACCAGGUGUUUGUACGAACCUGCCCAUGUGACCAAGAAAUUAUUCUCCACUGGCACGAUCGACCAGAGACUCCUAAACUAUCCCAUAAAAAGCACUCAGUCAUUGCUAAAGAGAAGCCAAAGUAUUCAUUUGAUGUACCUGUUCGUGCUUCAGUUGUAACAGUUGUAGAUGAGUAAACUUUUCACAAGAUUAAUUAGUUAGUGCAUACACUUUAGCUAGAAUAAAUAUGUGUUGAGCUACAUAUAGUACUACUGUACAGUACUUUUAUUGACACUUUAUUUGAAUACAACUUCUUUCUAGAAAAACAUCAAAGUUUAAGGCAAAAAAGUAUGUAUAAAGUGAUAGGAAUGUAUGAACAAUUGAACACAGUGAUGCAAUCCUCAGUAUGAACUUGUGAUAUUUUCUCUGCUCUGCUGGCUAAACAAUGCUAUACUAUAC